AUGACAAAGCCUGGAGAAACCAAGCCAGUAGAUGGCUGGCCAGCCAAGGAUAUUGCUUACUUGGCCAUCGUCGGCCCAUUGAUGCUGGCUGCCGCUUUCGAAUGGAUACUAUGGCUUGCAGCCUUUCUUUACUGCCUGGUGAAAGUAUAUCUCAAGGCAGAUCAUUGGAGCAUAAAGGCUCUUGCAGCAGUGAUGGUUGUGCUUUUCACGGUGUUCCGACUGGCCUUUAUUCCUGUGAUGGUUGUGACGCUGCCACUACCGCCUCAUGUCACCCAGUAUGUCCCUGCCCGCAUGACAAAUGUGUUUCAGUGGUUUGCUUUCUGGUCUUUCUCUAUCCUGCUUGUCGGACCGUGGCUCUUCUGUGUUUACGGACUCGUCACGAAUCACGUUGCCAGGAAAAAGAGAAUCAAGGAAGCCUUGGAUGAGCGAAAUGCUCCGAAGACCGUGGUGGUGAUGCCUGUCUACAAAGAAGACCCCGAGGUGCUCAUCAAGGCUGUUGAUUCAGUCGUCAACAGCGACUAUCCCUCGUCUUGCAUUCACGUUUUUCUUUCCUGGGACGGUGGUGCGGUUGACGAGCCCUACCUUCGUGUUAUCCAUCACCUCGGAAUUCCAAUUUCCCUCAAGAGCUAUCCCCAGAGUAUCGACGUGGUUUACAGGGAUGUACGAAUCACGGUCUCACGCUUCAAGCAUGGAGGCAAGCGACAUUGCCAAAAGCAGACCUUCAAGCUCAUCGACAAAGUCUAUGCGGAAUAUUUGAAACGGCAUGACGAUUUAUUCGUAAUGUUCAUCGACUCGGACUGCAUUCUUGAUCAAUACUGUCUGCAGAAUUUUAUGUACGAUAUGGAGCUGAAACCUGGGAGCAAACAUAGCAUGCUGGCCAUGACGGGAAUCAUCACCUCCACGACGGAGAAAAACUCUCUUCUGACCAUUCUUCAGGAUAUGGAAUACAUCCAUGGGCAACUUUUUGAGCGAUCAGUCGAGUCUGGAUGUGGUGCCGUGACUUGUCUGCCAGGAGCACUGACAAUCCUUCGAUUUUCGGCUUUCCGCAAGAUGGCCAAAUACUAUUUCGCCGACAAGGCAGAACAGUGUGACGACCUGUUUGAUUAUGGAAAAUGCCAUCUUGGAGAGGAUCGAUGGCUCACUCACCUCUUCAUGAUCGGCGCAAAGAAGCCAUAUCAGAUUCAAAUGUGCACCGGGGCCUUUUGCAAAACUGAGGCUGUGCAGACCUUCAAGAGUCUCUUAAAGCAGCGCCGUCGGUGGUUUCUGGGGUUUAUUACGAAUGAGGUUUGUAUGCUCACGGAUGUGCGACUGUGGGCGCGGUAUCCAAUGCUCUGUACAGUACGCUUUCUGCAAAACACCAUCCGCACUACUGCACUCCUGUUCUUUAUCAUGGUCAUCGCUCUCAUCACAACGUCGAAGAAAGUGGAGGAUCUCCCAGUCGGGUUUAUCGGGGUCUCCUUGGGACUGAAUUACUUGCUGAUGUUCUACUUCGGGCUGCAGCUAAAACGGUUCAAGGCCUGGCUGUAUCCACUCAUGUUUGUCGUGAACCCAUUCUUCAACUGGCUCUACAUGGUUUAUGGCAUCUUCACAGCCGGGCAACGUACCUGGGGUGGACCACGGGCUGAUGCGGCCGCGGCAGAUACCAAUACUACGCCAGCAGAGGCGGUGGCAUUGGCACGAGCUCAGGGCGAUGAAUUGAAUGUCGACGUCGACACCUUCCGUGCAGGACCUGUACGCCGCAGAUCAGUCCCGGUCCGCCCCUCUGGGACAGUUGAAGGACGGUUUGCUCCUGCUGAGCAACUGCUGGAUGGCUGCUAUAUCAACACACGUGGCCCAGGUCCGGCUCAAGCCCGGUUAGAGCCUCCUUUACCUGAUGUUCCUCGGAUUCAUUUCCCCGGCCAGUUCCGUUAUUCGUCAGACUCUUUGUUCAGCGGGUCGUCAGAUUGCGGUUCUAACACUGUUUCUCUUCCACAUAAUGUGGAAAGCCUGAUGAGUGAAGAGGACCAGCGAAAGCUCUACUACGCCCGCCAGGUUGGGGAUGCUAUCGGGAUGUCGAUCAUCGAAGAUAAGCGCAGCUCUGAUGAGAGCUGGUCUGUUGUCUGUGAGCCCGUUGGGACUGCCGUCGAGGCGCUUGAUAUCGAACCUGCAUUGGCCCAACCUGGUCUCCGAGAGUCUGUCUCCACCAAUCGUAUCUCCCUGCAGUCUAUGGACAUGCAUGAGCCACGAGGGAAGGCUGCAAGGACAUCUCGGCGAGGGUCGCGGGGCUCCGAUGUAACCGGUGAGAUGGUGUAG